AUGAUACUCCCCGCGACGACUGCACGUAUCGUCCCCUUUCAAGGGCGAUUAGUCUCGCCGUGGAACGUAGUGCGUCCGAAGACCGCCACACGUUCUCGUCGUUCCCGGGUGGCUACGGUAGCCGGCAUCUCCGCUCUGCGCCAGAGCACCAGUGCGGCGCACGCCGCUACCGCUCGCGACACGCGCUUGGCGGGACGCCGUCGCUUUUACAAGAUUGUCGGAACAACACCCAGUCAAGCUCCCUGGGUGACGCUUCCCGCAUCCGAAACUGCCGCUUUCGUGGAAUCACCAAUUUCCGCCGGGGUCGACAAUACCGACAGUGCCACGGGAGUGGUGCGGCGGGGGAAACUCGACCACGCUACGCUCCGAACGUUUCUGCAACCGCGCUCCCUUCCGGGUAGCACACGCGACGGACCAGCCGACGAACAGUCAUUCGAUUGGCACGGCGUGACUUUGGAUGGACGGGUCUUACGCACUCCGUUGGGACAACCCUUGUCGGUGCCGUCCGUUACACUGGCCACCAUGAUUGCGGCGGAAUGGAACGCCCAAACCCCCUACAUUGUGCCGACACAAAUGCCCCUCAUGACACUCGCGUGUACUGCCCUUGACCAGACUUCCCGACAAAUGCGCACGUACCAAGAAACAUCGUUGAACUUUGUGGGUACCGAUACGAUUUGCUACUGGGAGGACCCGAUGGAAGAUCGGGGAUUGUACCAGGCCCAGGAACGUUUGUGGGGCCCCAUACACGAAUUAGUCAAGCAACAGACAGGACACGCCUUGGCGCAAACGCUCGGUAGCGAAGGCGUACUGGUGGCCAAGAAUGCGUCCAAACUCUUUCACCCGCCCGCACUGUACGACUACGCGCGGGAGUUUGUGGCGCAGCUUGAUGCCUGGCAAUUGACUACCCUACACGCGUGUGCGGCGGAAGCCAAGUCCUUCUGGCUAGCCUGGAGUUUACUGAUGCACCAACAACAGACUCAGCAACAACAGCAAUCGUCGUUAAUGGUGGAUUUGGAAGGCGCCAUUCAAGCGGCACGGGUGGAAGAGGAAUACCAAAUUGCCAACUGGGGUUUGGUGGAAGGGGGGCACGACUACGAUCGACUCAACUCCUCGAUUCAAAUAAGAUCAGCCCGGGCCAUGUUGGAUUGUAUUGCUCUGGACCGUAAAGUAUAGCGUAAUGGUAUGCUUUGCGAAUGGUCGAUGUCCAAUAUUUCCAAUCGACGCAAGGAUGCCUUUGGCCAAAAGUUGCCAUGGAACCACUAUCUUAACAUUUUUGGAGCUUUUUCGUGUAGAGAUUGAUUGAGUCGGCC